GGGGCCGGGGCCGGGCGGGGGCAAAGUUUGGGGCGGGCCCGAGGCGGGGCCGAUCCGGGGCCGAACAGGCCGCAAAGUCACUGGGACCCCCGGCAGAGCCGAGCCCAACCGGGUCAGAGCCGGGCUGGGGCUCCGGGGGCGGGGAGCGGCGAACGCGACCGGCUGGAGACCGAGCCCCGGGCGGGGAUCCCUGCGCCCCCGGGCCGCUCCGGCCUUCCCGGGCGGGCUUCGGGCGGUGGGGUGGGGGGGCCUUCCUACCCACGUGUGUGGCGAGGAAUUGUGCAGUGCCCCGAGGACAGCGGGUCCGGGCGGGUCGCACCGCGGGCAGGGAGGGCUCAGCCCGCUGGGGCGGGGGUCGGGUGCCGGAGGGCGCUGAGGCAACAGCCUGGGACCCGGGGAAGGGACGGUCCCCGUGGGGAAGGGUGAUAGUCACUUCCUCAGCCAUCAGGGUAUUAGGGAGCUCUCCCUCACGGGGAGGGACCUGUGUCAGGGAGCAGCGCGGGCAGGGAAGCGGGACCUGGACCACGCAGGGUGUAGCCGUGUCUGGGUGAUGGGGAAUUAGGGGGCAUGGGGGGUGAGAAGGCAGUAUCCUUGCUGGGAGCGCUGCUGGGGUAGGAACUGCAAAGUGGAACAAGUCUGGGCCAGCAUGUAUGUUAAAAGAACCAGAAUAUAACUGGCAGAGGCAGGGCUGGAAGGGAAGAAUCAGCACUCCUCUGGUGUCAGGCUCAGCAGGGGUUAAUGGGAAAUUCUCUACCAGCCUGAACGUUCUCUGUAGUGCAAGGGAUGCUUCCUGCUGUAGGACUAGUAAUCAACCUCUGGGAACGUGGAAAGACUUUAAAGGAAUGCAUAUGUACAGUAAAUACUGAACUGCAUCUAGCUCUAAGCUGGAGCACUCUACAUGGAGCACAGUAAAACACUGAGUGCUAAUACACAGAUUUUUAGGUGGACAGGAGGUUGCACUGGUAGGUGUUGGGGUGUGCAAAUGAUGUGCGAGUCUGGCAAGGCUGAGAGUGACCUAGAUCGGAGAGAUGCCAGGUGGAUGUUGUCCACUGAAAAGAAUCAUCCAUCACGUGUACAUAGUUCUGUGCCAGUGAAAGCUUUUCAGAGGUAUGCAUCUCUGUUUUACAGAUUCAGAGAAGGAACGGGGAUAAAGGGCCUACAUAAGAUGAAGCAAUGAAUCCUUGCUGAAGCAUCAGACAGCAGGAGCUGUUGGCCAGAUGCUGCUGGAUGCUAACAGGGGAAAGCUGACUUGGAGGCAAGCGACCAGAAAUGUUUGGACACGUCGUCACUUUGCAUCUGGCAUCUGAGUGAGUGUCCCUGCUUCAUGCGGCUUCAAAUUUGAGCCCAGGCUGGUAACCCGCUUUCAGAGCCACGCAGGUGGGAGGAUGUCGAGCACAGCUCCGUCAAAGAAGCCUUACCGCAAGGCGCCCCCGCAGCAUCGCGAAAUCCGCCAUGAGGUACCCAUCAUUCGUGACGACCAGGACGGAGUGAUCUUGGCUGAGCAGAGUCAGGAACCCUUGACGGAUGCAGAAAGGAUGAAGCUACUGCAGCACGAGAAUGAGGAGCUUCGUCGACGGCUGACGUAUGUGACGAACAAAAUGGAGGCCAUGGAGAGGGAACUGGAGUCAGGUCAGGACUACCUGGAAAUGGAACUGGGCCAGAACCGUGAGGAACUGGAGAAAUUCAAGGACAAAUUCCGUAGGUUGCAGAACAGCUACACUGCUUCCCAGAGAACCAAUCAAGACCUGGAGGAGAAGCUGCAUGCCCUGAUUAAAAAGGCAGAAAUGGACCGCAAGACGCUGGACUGGGAGAUUGUAGAGCUCACUAAUAAAUUGCUUGAUGCCAAAACCACCAUCAAUAAGCUGGAGGAACUCAAUGAACGCUAUCGACAGGACUGUAACCUUGCAGUACAGCUGCUCAAGUGUAACAAGUCUCACUUCAGGAACCACAAGUUUGCCGAUCUUCCCUAUGAGCUGCAGGACAUGGUCAAUAAGCAUUUGCACAGCACUCAGGAGUCUGCAGGCACUGGUCAAGAGGCAGCCCAUACCUUGGCACCAUCUGAUGUUGUGCCCACCUCAGUCAUCGCCAGAGUCUUGGAGAAACCAGAAUCUCUGGUUCUGAAUUCAGCCAAGUCUAGCAGUGGCAGCUGUCCCAUGGCGGAGGAUGUCUUUGUGCAUGUGGACAUGAGCGGAGCCCCUCCUGAUGCCUCCAACAGCUCAGGGCAGACGGGAAAGGAGGGAGGGGAUGCGGGGAAACAGCAGAAUGGUGGCUGCAAGCCACAGAGUAGCAUGGAAAGUGUGCCUGAGGAUGUGCCUGCCUUUGAGAAGUUAAGCCCAUACCCUACUCCCUCACCUCCCCAUCCUAUGUACCCAGGGCGCAAAGUGAUUGAGUUCUCUGAGGACAAGGUAAGGAUCCCAAAGAACAGUCCCCUGCCCAACUGCACGUAUGCUACGCGCCAGGCCAUCUCCCUCAGCCUGGUACAGAGUGAAGAUGAGAGCUGCGACAGGCACCGGACACUCCCCGGCAGCCCUGCUUCAGAGGGGCACCGUUCAGCCUCCAGCUGUUCCUGUCAGCAGUCCCCCAAAGCAGCCAGAGCUCACGGAUCUUCCCAGAGCAGCCCAUUCAGCAGCCCUCCCCAAAUCCCGAGCGCCUUUGCCAGCUCUGCCAGCUCUGAGGAGGACCUGCUGGCCAACUGGCAGCGUAUGUUUGUGGACAAGGCACCCCCCACCUCAGAGCGAGUGCUGAUGAACCGCACUGCUUUCAGCCGUGACACAGCCCCUGAGCUCCAGAAAAGGUUCAGCCGCUCUAUGCAGGAGCUGGGUAGGGCAGCCUCGGCUUACUCAGAUGGUGAGGAGUCCGCGCAGAGCUGCAGCUGGACCGUGAGCCGGGACUCGAGUGUGGACACAGACAGCACUGAGUCCAGAGCCCGCAGGAGCCAUUUCUCCUCAGACUAUGGUACAGAUUUCUCCCAGGAUGAAGCCCAGAAGCUGUUGCAUGAAAGCGGUGGAGGCAGUGCUGAGCCUGAAAGCCCCUCACCAGAGAAGCACAAGGACUAUGUGGACCUUGGCUUGCCUGAGAGCCCAGCUGAGGAAAGAGAAAUACUGCUCCAGGGAAACAAGGAGAGCAACCAAAGAGGUGCCCAAGAGGAAAGUGGAGAAGGCAGGGUCAAGCCUCCCUUCAGUCGGAUGCACCGCAGCCCCAAGAGGAUGGGGGUCCACCACUUACAUCGCAAGGACAGUCUGACGCAGGCCCAGGAGCAGGGCAACCUUCUCAGCUGAGGCAGAGCAAGAAGCAGCCACACGCUGCAGAGCUGUGGGAUGCCUCCAUCAGUCCACCUGAGGGAGAAACCUCCCUUAGUACCCUCCUCCCAGAGGGAGUCUGCUCUGAAAUUUUAUAUUUAUUCUCUUCCUUUUGCUACCUGGAAGAGCUGAGGUUCCCCUUCCCUGGCACCUCAGACCCACAGUACUAGCACAUGCAGUGUGCAAAAGCACACCCACUGCCCCGACAUGCUCACAGCUCUCUCCACAGCCUCACACUGGUGCCUGUACCAGAGCUAGUUCUUGGUACCCCUCCUCCUGGUGCCUGUGCCUCUUUACACCCUCAUCCUCCUUCCCCCUUCCCACUCAGGUACCUGAGGCCCUGGGUGCUCUUGCGCUGGUUGCCCACAGCUGCUCUGCUCUCUUUUUUCUUGUGCCAACAGGGCAGACUGCCUGUGUGGUGGCGUCUGAUUCCUCGGGAGCCCCAGGAGCCAUGAGUGGGGCACAAGGACUCUCCCAGCGGAUGGCUGUGUGCCAUGGGGAUGUGCUGGGAUUGCUGGUAUCUCAUUUUUCUGUUGGGUUUUCUUUUUCCCCAGCUGCCCAUGGGGUUGUUCUCCAGAAUCUGCCUCUGCAGAUUUCCAGCAUUGGGCCCAGCACCUGGUCCCCACAGAGGCAACACAUGGGUGCUGCCUGCUGAGGUGGUUCGGGGAGGCAUUGCCUGCUGGGCCCUGGGGUUUGUGUUUGUGUGUCUCCUCCCUCACACCUCUUCCCCUGCUCUCUGUGCUGUUGUUUUGUUUGAACAGUGCUGAUGCUUUGCUCUUGGGUGGGCUUCUUUCUUCUUUCCAAGCCUUUGGUUUUGGGGUGUAUUGUUUUUUCGUUCUCCCCACCCCGCAUAAACAGACACAGCCGUUGGCAGCCGGUCUGAUGCCUGCGUUGAGGGUGUGUUGAGGAGGCUCAGCUAUCAGAGCUGCGCUUCCCUCUGAUCCUGGCCUCCAGCCUGUAGAAACCCCUCCAGACUCAAGAACAAGGUCUUGCCCCAGGCAAGCAAGGCAUGAAGGAUGGUACCGGCUUUUCUGGGCAGGGCUUGGUGCAGGGCCAGCAGGGAUGCGAGGGCAGCAUGCUGAGGAGCUGCUCCCUGUAGAUGCACUACCUCAUGGCUCGGCAGUAGCCCUCUGCCAGGGUCUCCUUGCAUGCCCCCUUCUCUGGGGGGCUCCAGGCUGGCUCUGGUGCCUCUCUGGAGCCUUCCCUUCUGGGUGGGGCUCUCUGUGUGUUUUUCCUAGCAUAGUGUGAUAUUGUGUGACUUUUCUUCUCAGUCUUGUGUGCUCAGUGUCUGCUUGGGGGGGAGGGAAGGGGAGAGGUCUGUAGAUGUAGGUAUUUUUUUGAGGGCUUACAGAGCCCAGGCCUCCUGUUUUAAUUUUGUCCUGUGCUCUUGUCUUUCUGGUGUUUCUUGGCUACCCUGGGAGUGCGAGGCAGAGAACAGCCCAGUUCCCCUGCACCACACCCCCUUCAAACCCCACUGUCUGCCCUCAGUCUGCUGUCUGGUUUUUGAGUUGGGUUUGUGUUGUCCUCCCACCCUACACAACGAGGGCUCUUCACUGGGCUGGAGGAGAGCACCCCUGUCUCCAUGAGGGAGCUUCUGUUCAUAUGCUUACAUCAAGAUGUACAGCCGAGAGCUGCCUGAGGGCCCUGCUCCUUUCCCCAAACCCUGUCUCUGCAAAGGGCUUGCAGCUUGCAGCUGGGGCCAGCCAGGGCUUCAGCUCGAGCCUGGAGGCUCCAGGGCCAGUGAAAGGGAGCUGCAGGCCUCUCUGGCAGUUAUGUAGGUUGCUUUAUGUACCCUGGCUAGAGCUGCUGCCUACACACUUACCUUGUUUCCUGCCACCCUCUGGUGGGGAGGUGGGACUCGGUAUUUCACUGCAGUAUUUUGCUUGGUCCCUGUGCAGACAGGCUGGUGCUGAGAGCAGGAGCGUCCUCUGAGCCUGCAGAGUGUUCAUCUCCCCUGUCCCAGUCGUGGUGGCAGGAUCUUUGUAUUUGCUGUCAUCAGCUGCUCCACUGCUGCAUUUCUUCUGUUCUGCAGCGUUGCUGAGAGUUUGCACCUGCAGCAGCUGCCAGAUCCUGCCUCAUGGAUGUCACCUGGGGUUGGAUGCUCACUGAGCAAGCUGCUCUAGCUCUGAGGCUGCUGGUGGCCUGCAGUGGGGGAGGCAUUGCCCCUCAGGGCUCAGCCCCAUCUCCCCUGAAUCCUGGCAUGCUGGUCAGGGGACAAAAAUCUCUCUUGCUGAGGCAGCUGGUGCUGAUGGUGCUGGGCAGAGCCAGCCUCCCUCUGCUUUUGGUCAAGGUAGACUGAAAAGCAGAACAGUGGAGGGGUGGCAAAAGAGUGCCCAGAGCCUCGCCAGACAGUUGUGCUUUGCAGCAUUAGGCUGCUGGCAGAGGUUGAGAGGAAGCGGUGGCCUCAAGGAGCAGAGCCUUCUCCCCUUGGGCACGCUGCCCUCGGCAUUCCUGCCCACCUCCAGCAGUAUUGGCUCUGGGGCCUUGAGCUCAUCCCACUUCCAGUGUCCCAACUCCAGACUGUUAAUCUGUAACUAAUGUGUUUUUUUCUGAGAUUUUCAAACUGAUGUAUAUUUUAAGACCAGAAAUAAACUAUUUUAAAAGUA